AUGAACGUUUAUAAAGCAAUUAUUCUUGUUGGCGGACCUUCUCGUGGUACAAGGUUUCGACCGCUUUCUCUUAAUCUUAACGUUCCAAAACCUUUGUUUCCCGUAGCAGGUCACCCAAUCAUCUGGCACCAUUUGGAAGCAUUAUCUAAAAUUGAAGGGUUGAAAGAAGUUUUAUUGAUCGGUUUUUUUGAAGACUCGAUUUUUCAUAGGUUUAUCGAUGAUGCGGCAAGAGAAUUCCCGAAGAUUAAUAUCCGAGAUGAAAUUCAACGAGGUGAUCCGCAACAAAUAUUCGUACUUAAUGCAGACGUUGCUUGUAGCUUUCCGUUGAAAGGCAUGAUGAAAUUUCAUAAUACACAUCGAGGUUUAUGUACGAUCUUAGGUACAAAGGUUGCUCGUGAAAUUGCGAAUAAAUAUGGAUGCCUUGUUGCCAAACCUGAAAGUAAUGAAGUUUUACAUUAUGUUGAGAAACCGGAAAGUUUUAUUUCUGAUUUAAUUAGUUGUGGUAUCUAUUUAUUUGACUGUGCCAUUUUCAAUGAAAUGAAAAAGGCCAUGCAAAACAAAAAGAAUCAAGUCGAUCAAGAUCAAUUCAUGGAUCAUGAUGAAAAACUUCGAUUAGAACAAGAUUUACUUCGUCCAUUAGCUGAAUCCAUGAAAUUAUUUGUAUACGUUACAACCGACUUUUGGAGACAAAUUAAGACCGCUGGUUCCGCGGUUCCUGCGAACGCUUUAUAUCUAGAACAAUAUUUGGAAACAAAUCCGGAUCGAUUAUUAAAAAAAGAACCUGAUGGUCCAACGAUAGUUGGAUGUGUUUAUAAGCAUCCUACAGCAUUCAUUGAUCCAAGUGCAAAGAUUGGACCAAAUGUUUCGAUAGGUCCUCGUGCAGUUAUUGGUAAAGGAGUUCGUAUCAAGGAUUCAAUUAUUCUUGAUAAUGUGGAGAUUAAAGCGAACAGUUGUAUUAUAAAUAGUAUAAUUGGGUGGGACUCAAAAAUUGGAACUUGGGCCCGUGUUGAAGGAACAUCAGUAACAAAUGAUCAGAUUGUCAUCACACAAAAUGGUGUAAAGGUUCCAUCAAUCACCAUUCUUGCCAAAGAAGUCAUUGUCAGGGAUGAAAUAAUUAUUCGUAAUUGUAUUGUGCUACCUCACAAGGAAUUGAAAACUAGUUGUCAUAAUGAAAUUUUGAUGUAA